AUGAUUGUUUUCACUGGUGAUGAAGCAAUCACCACAAGACCUGAGGUCAAUCCUCUCGAGAUACCUCAGUCAACAGAAGCCUAUCCUCUCGAAGGCAACCAGGAGAGAACUAGCAUCAAUCCUUCAGAUGAUGUUGAUGACGUUCUAGGCCCUUUCGAUGAAGAACCGACAACCAUGGAAGAUAAAUACAACAUGGUUAAUGAUGUCAAGCUGAUUCUCCCAACUCGACUGAAUCUUAUUUCUAAGAGUCUUGAUGAUCUCACCUCUCACUCUGCUGAUGACAAAAGGGGGGAGAAAGACUUACCUCAAGCUGCUGCUGCUGUCCUUACAACACCAACUGAUGCUCAAGAUGAAAGAGCUAAACCAAAUGAAGCUGUUGCUGAAUUUGUAGAUGCCAUCAUAUCCCAUGAAGCUAAAGUUGUUGCUGAAGCUGAGGACAAUGAUGAUGCCAUGAAAGUUGAUGCUCAAGAUGAAGACCUUCCUAUCACCUCUGCAGAUAAUGCUGGUGAUAAGGAAUAUGAAGAUGAUGAUGAUAACGAUGAAGCAGAUGAUCCUCUUUCCUUUCUUGAUGCUGGAAAAGAUCUUGGCGCUGCUGUUGAUGAUGAAGACGAUGAUAACGAUGACUUCACCAUUCAAUACCACACCAAACCAUUUGCGGCUCAAAAAGGUGUCUCACUCAGGGAAUCCUCAUCCCAGGGAGAGAAAGAGAAAGAGACGUCUACAAAGAACCAGAACACCUCCUCUAAAGACAAAUGUAUUGUUGAAGAAGGAAACUUGACCGUUCUUUUCAAGCCUAUCAAUCCUUAA